AAGCCACUAUCCGGGUUUUCCAAUGACGCAGAAUGGAGUUUCCGUUUCCUGCUAAUUUAUCGUGUGUUUUUACAUGAUAUUUUAUUCAGUUCAUGCCACUAUGUGUGAGUCAACAUUCCUUUAACUACACAAAAUAUCUAAUUUGGCAACAAAUGGCGGCGAGAACGACACAAACGGGUCCUAGCUUUACAUCAGCAGGUGGCGCAGUUUGAAAGCGUCGAGAGAGAGCGACGUCUGGCCGCCGGGCUCAAUGCCGUGGCUCAAACCUCUGACACCUGCCGGGGAUACGCACAUCUGGAGGAACAUCCGACUGCCGUCUCGCUCAUGAACUCGAAGCCCAACGGAGGACAUGGCGACACAACCGACCCAGGUGUCCAUCCUGAGGGAGUUCUGCCCGCUCUACUACCUGCUGAAUGCCAUCCCAGCCAAGGUGCAGCGUGGCUUCCGCACUGUCGUGGUCUACCUGACAGCUCUGGACAGCAGCAGUGACUUCAUCGCUGUGGGCAGCAGCAUCGGGAUGCUCUACCUUUACUGCCGCCGCCGCGCUCACAUGAACAAAUACAGCCUGGAGGGAAAAUCUGAUGCAAUCACUGCUGUGAAAAUCCUGAGCUGUUUUGAUGACCUGGUUGCUGUGGGAACGGCAUCAGGUCACGUGAUCAUCUUUCAGCUGGUUUCUCCUCUACCGGGUCGCAACAAGCAGUUGCGGCGGUACAAUGUGGUCGGGCUUCACAAAGGGACAGUUACUGCUUUGGCAUGGAGCACUAACGGAAUGAAGCUGUUCUCUGGAGACGACAAAGGGCGGGUUGUGUUCACGUCUCUGGAUCUGGUUCAGGGCGUUUGCAACCCUGUGCUGCUGCUGGAGGAGUCGGCGUCGAUAGUUCAGCUGGACUACAGUCACCAGGUGCUGCUGGUGUCCACACUGCAUCGAUCUCUGCUUUACUGUACGCAGAAGCCUGAGGUGACCCAACUUGGCUCAAAGCCCAGGAAGAGCAGUGGCAGGUUCGGCGCUUGCUUUCUCCCGGCUCUCUGCAAACAGAGUGACCUGCAAGUGUUCGCCGCCCGCCCUGGAUUGCGACUUUGGAGGUCAGACAUCAGAGGGCAGGUGGAGGACACCCGGCUGCUCAAGCCUCUCUUCAACGCAGAGUUUCCUCAGUUUGAGCUGUUUCCUCGGCCCGACUCCGUCGGAGGGUGUCGACCUCCCGAAAGACAGUUGGGUCUGAUGAGCUGUUUUCUGAAAGAGGCCUGGAUCCUCAGCUGGAACGAGUACAGUGUGUACGUCCUGGACUGCGUUAAAGAGGAGAUCGUCGGGGCUUUGGAGAGCAGUGGAGACAUAGUGUCAGUGUCGUGUUCCGACAAUGAGAUCUUUAUUCUGAAAGGGGAUCGAGACAUCAUCCGUCUGUCUGACACACCAGAAGGUUUGGUCUCCAACUUGUCAGACCUUUCUCUCCGUUUGACCUCACCCAUGACCACGCCCACCAUCGUGCCGCCCUCUGGAUUAAUAGAAACAGCUCAGCCAAUCAGAACCAUGGCCAUUAUUGUGGAGAGUGAGGGGAAGGAAGGUGCAGGUCUGGAAGCUCAACGAGGCGAGGAGGCAGAUGGAGGAGAAAAGAUGGUGGCGGACGAGGUGGAGGCGGUGGAGGAAGCGGACGAGCAGGAAGCACAUCAGGAGACAUGUCCGCGAGCCGCAGUCUGUUCGCACAGCCGCAGCAGCUCACUCACUUCCUGGGACAGUCUCCAUGGAAACAGCCCAGUUGCUGCGUCUUAUGAACUGGUCCCCAGACGCUACAGCGGCGCUGAGAUGGAGCAAGAGCUGGUGGUUAAAGCCAUCAGGGUCAAGAAGAAAAAGAGACAGCGACAAGACAGCACCAGUGGAAAUCGUCUUUCUGAGAGCUCCGACUCCAAGUUAGCGAUACAGGACGACACAUGUAGUGAGGGUGGGAGUGGUACUCCGCUGAGCGACAGGGCUCCUUUCACCGAUAUGAACUCCCAGGAUCAGGAUUCUCCCACCCACAACUGCCCAGAUGGAGACUUGCUGGAAGAUAAGGUGGCGGAAUCCUCUGCAAACUGUGGGUCUUGCCCCCCUGCAGGCACCAUGCUCAUCCAAGGCCUACAAGAUCAGCACACCCAAGGCCAGGAAGCUACUGCUGGUGCACAGGCCUUGACCCCCGAUGUGGACCUGCUUCUGGAAUGCACCUUCUCAUAUUUACAUAAUGAUGAGAAACAGGAAAUGGAGGAUGAACUGCUGAGCCCUCUGAUCGGACCAGAAGAGGAAGAGGAGGACGAGCUGGAUCCUCCCAGCCAGAUGUUUUACUCCACUGUCAGUCAUCUAGACCGAAAGACAAGUGUGUCCAGCGAAGAAGAGGCAGACAUCUAUGCCCCCGCUCCUCCCCAAAACGAUGGUCAACACGCAGGCAACGAUCAGACUGAUAAAAGCGGCAAACACGCUGAAGAGAGUGAGGCUGGAGACCGAAGAAAGCCUGUGCAGUUGGCAGAAAGCUGGAUGGGUUACUCUGGGCCCGGCUGUGGAAUCCUGAGCCUUCAAGUGACUGACAGGUAUGUUUGGUGUCUGGACUUUAAAGGCGGACUCUUCUGUAGUCCCUUGCCUGAAACUGGACUGAACUGGCAGCGCUUUGAAGACAAUGUCCACCAGAUGGCGCUGUCCCCUUCAGGUAAUUUGCUGUGGAAGGUGGAGCAGAAGACCUUCACUGCCUAUGCCUGUGCUAAAGUGUCCGGGAAAGGGAAACGUCACUGGUACAAAGCCGUGGAGCAGAGUGCCUUUGUUGCUCUCAGUGACGACUCGGCUUGGAUCAUCAGGACCAACGGUGACAUGUACCUGCAGACAGGUCUGAGUGUGGACCGCCCUUGCGCCCGCUCCGUGAAGGUCGACACACCCUGCGUGUUCAGCCAGGUGUGCGUGCGAGGGGGAGUCGUCUGGGCGCUGAGCGAACACAAGACACUCUUCUACAGGGAAGGCCUGAACAGCUACUGCAGUGAGGGCGAUUCCUGGAAGAGCGACACCGUCAGUGAAGCCCAGGGAAUGGACCUGAUGUGCAUCGCGCUGGGAGACGGCGGGACGGCUUGGGCUCUGGAUUCUAGUGGAAGUCUUUGGUUCAGAACUGGCAUCUGUUCAUCAAAACCACAAGGGGACGAUGAUCACUGGUGGCAGAUCAGCAUCUCGGACUACGUGGUCUUCGAUCAGGGCAGUUUGUUCCAGACGUUAUUGCAGGCCACUCACAGCGUGGCCACUGUCACCAGGGCUCCUGUGGAGCGGGUAGUGGCUUUUCUCUCGCAGUAUUCCCAGUGCCAACCCAGUUUGGUGGGUGCCAAUUCUAGAGGUGUGUGGGUGGCGUCUGGCCGCAACCAGCUGCACCUGGCUCGUGGGAGCCUAGUUGGCACUUUCUGGCAAAAUGUUGUCCCAAGAGGAACCAUUUCUGCCACCAGGUGGACUUUCAUAACGUCUUCCAGAGUCCUCCAUCGAGAAGGUGCGUUUCUCUGGUUGGCUCAGAGCAGGAAGGACCUCUUCUGUGUGUGGGAUCAGGAUGGAGAGUUGCGACCGUCCUCCGUUUCGCUGCCGCCGGAGGUGGAGCUGACUCACCUGUCUGCCUGUCAUGACGCUCUCUGGGGGCUGGACACUCAUGGGCGUGUCAGCAUUCGGACCCUCACUCAGUCCUGUCCCAUCGGCCUGCACUGGACCUUGCUUGACCUCAGUCAGCUUGGAAACGUCCGUCUGGUCAGCGUCAGCUGCGGCAGCCAGAACGUCUGGGCCGUGGACCAUCGGGGCGCGGUCUACUUCAGAGUGGGGACUCAGCCGCUCAACCCCAGCAUGAUGUUGCCAGCUUGGAUCCAGAUCGAGCCGCCAGUCCUUCCUGUCGGCGUCCAGCUGCUCAGCAUCCACACCAGUCCCAACGACACGCUGCUCUGGGCGGUGGACAAUCGAGGGAGUGUGUUCGUGAGGACGGGCCUGAGUGAAGAGAUGCCUGUGGGCACCAACUGGGACCUGGUGCCAGGACUGGUGGUGACUCAGCUGGUGCUCAGCUGCCGCACCGUUUGGGUGCGCUGCGUGAACGGAGACUUGGCCAGGCGCUACGGCGUCUCCCAGCACAAUCCAGCUGGAGACUACUGGAAGAAGAUUCCCGGCACUGCCAACUGGCUGACAGUGACGCCAGACGACGAGCUGUGGGCUGUGGAUCCAUCAGGUGGUUUGUCCCGCAGACUGACCAAGCUCCUCCCACAGUUGUCCAGUGGCCAGGCCUCCUCUGGUGCUGUCCACAGCAAGGAUGAUGUUGAAGACGAGUGGGAACUUAUCUGAGGCUGAACCGUCUCCUCAUAUCAUUCCGUGUUCCCACCCCACACGGGACCGCCGUUUUGAAGCAAAUCCCACCGUAAAGGUCCAUGUUUUAUUCUUGUUUUCUACGAAGGCACUUUAUUUUUGAGGCUGGCCAGGUUUGGUGGUGAACCUUUCUAUUGGCCGACUGGUAUUUGCACUAGACGGGAGGAGUUUGACUGGAAGUGAACGACUGUGGAUCAUUUCAAGCCUGGAACUCAACUGAAGGGAUGUUUCUCUGACCUGUUCUGGACUAAUGCACCUGGAAAUUCAUUCUUCUGUCCAUCACUAUCCUCCUGAAAUGGUUGGUUAGCUGUCGUUGCUGCUAAUAACAAACCACUCCUUUGUGUUUUAUGGAAUUAAACAUAUUUAAACACUG